CGUCUGCGCGACAAUUACGAGUUGUUGGAGGACGAGUACAAGGAGAGCUUGAAACGUCAGGCGAUGUUGGAUGCCAAAGUACAGGAACUUUGUCGCGCGCAUCUAUUGCUACCGCAAGGAAAGGUCGAAGAAUUAUACGCGAGCUUAAAUAAGAAAAACGCGGAGAUCUAUGUGCAGAGAUGGAAGCAGAUGCAACGGGCGGGCCCCGCGAGGACUCGAUUGUUCGCCUGGACCAUGUUGGACUUGGAGAUAUUAGCCCUGGCUGAUCCGUCGAUAAACGGUACGGAAAAGGCAGUGAGAGCACUCCGAGAGAUGGAUUCGGAAACACCUUGGCCCGAGGAUGGUCUGGAAUUCAACACCGUGUGGGUUCGCGGUAUUAGCUUGAAAUGCGCCGAGUGGAAGCUGCAACUUCGCGAUUUCCCGCAGCCGCUGCUUUUGGUAGAGAAUCUGAAUGUGUGGGGCAGAUUAGCCGGAGCGGAAGCCUUGGCGCCACCGAGGGCGAAGAGGACCGUCAGAAUUGAAAUCGGCGCGCCAUGGGAAGAUAUAGUAGUGGAGAGAGGAAUGACAUCUCUCAAGUAUUAUCACGAUCUCAAUUGGGACAUUGACACAUUCAGGUACGCGUUCGGUCCAUGCUGGGAGCCGGUGAUAGCGCAGUGUAAUCUCAGCUUCGAGAAGAUCCUUCAUCCGUCGAGGGAUCCGAGCCCGCCGUUGCCGUUCUGGGAUAAAAUGCGACUGGCUCUUCACGGUAGACUGACGCUCUGCGUGAAACAACUGACGGUUCUGCUGCACGGCUCUCUGGAUCCAUACAACACUACGGAAGAGAUGGAGCUGACGUGGACCGGACUGGAGCUCGACUGGACGCAAGGAAAGAUCAUUAUUAAGGGUGAUCUCGACGUGUACGUGCGUACGGCCAGUAAAUACGACGAUUGCCGACUACUACAUUUGCCUAACGUCAGAUUGAGCGUUAAACUGGCAUGGGUAUGCCUGGGCGAUCCGCGUGAUCAUCACGCCGCUAUACCCUGCGCCCCGGAUCGAUUGCCCGAGUACUCUAGCAAUCAGGAGCACGAUUCGUUCAGGGCGUUUCGCUCUCAGAACCUAAACGUCAGCCUGUCAUUGGAGACCAAACCGACCGGCUCGCCUACAUUGGCCAGUGCGCCAACGGCACUGCUCUACGGCAGCACGUUGAGAUGGUUCGAGAAUCUCAAAUUAAUUUUAUCAGGCGCGACGAGACCGACGCGAAAGGGGCCGUUGUUCAAGAACAUUCGACCGAGGAAGAAACAGCUCAGCAGACACUACAGGAAAGUCCGGCUGACCUUAGCCUUCCAUCGUUUCCACGUCAACUACUGGAUGUCGUUCGCCAUGCAACGAGGCUUCGAAGUGACCGGCGGCCGAGUCGCCUGCAGCUCGGAGCACAAUCUCGCGUUACAUCCGAUUGACGACGGGCUGAUUCAUCGACCGCGGGCAGAAUGGUCUAUCGUGUACAUGAACUGCGAGCUGAGCGACGCAGAGAUCUGGCUGAAAAGCGCCCUGCAGGAAGACGAAGUGGAGAGCGCGUCACUGCGCCAGCCGGUCGAGAAGUGUUACUGCUUGAGCGUGGCGCGCGUCAGCUAUGGCAGGGAAGCGAUGGUUGCCGGGGUGAGUGGCGACACGCCGAUUCAUCGAUUGGUCGUGCACGAUCUGCGCGGCGCUUGGACCAAGACCAAUCGUGACGUUGCCUUCGCUCUCUUCGAUUCUUUCAUCAAGACUCAGCAACUGAAAAAGAAUCUGUCGACCGCGGCGCUCAAGGGUUUUCACCGGGACAACAGCUCGACGCUUAAUCCGCACAAGAACCGUGCUGCUGCUGCUGCUGCUACUGCUGCUGCUGCUUGCGUUUGCGUUUGUGAUCGGCAAGCACGUGCUUGGAAUAAUGCGAAUUAG